GGGAACACAAACAAAGCAAAGUCCAUGGGAAAAGUAAUGAAUGAAGGAUGUCCUUCACCGAGCAGGCUUUAACAGAGAGGACAGCCCGCAAGAGAGGUGAUAUUUCUCUUUUUUAAAGAAAUGGUCUUUAGAAAUCUGUUUAAGUUAUUUUUAGUUAUCAGAUUGAGUCGUAAAAAUGGAAAUAUAGCUCAAAACAAUCUGAAAGGGGAUCAACAUUCUGACAACGGCUAGAUGACACACUUUGUAUCACAUCCCUGUCUUCUUCCGAAGUCCAGGAAGGGGUGUUGGUGCUGGAGGUGGUGUCUCCCAAUGCUACAGAGUCUCCCCUUCUACCCCUCAGCGAAGGCCACCACAGUCCCCGUCCUAUGGGUCCCACUGCUGGUCAUCUAUGUCCUAGCUGACAAGCUCCACCGUUUUGUGGCAGGAAUUUUCAUCCCGCAGUAUCACUACCCGUAUGUGGUGGCUCUCUGCUUUGCCCAGGUGGUGCUCUCUCUCCUCGUGCUGAACCUCCUCCACCUCCUCAGGCUGGUCUCUCUGAAGAGGUGCUCCCGGGCCCUGGGCGGCGAGAGGCUGCUGGUGCCGGCCGUCUGUGGCGGCGCCCAGGCCGUGAUGGCGCUGUGGGCCCGGGCCAACAGCUCCGCGGACGGCGGCCUCUUCCCCCUCGCCGCGUGCCUGUUGCCCCUGGUUACCGCAGGCUGGAGCCACACCCUAAGGCUGGCCGCCCCGCCCUCGGCCCGCGCCACCGGGCUGGUCGGUGCGCUGAGUGGCGUGUCGCUGGUGGUCACAGGGUCCCAGGCCACGUUGUCGGGAACCCAUCCUCUGGAGUACCUCUACGCCCCUCUGAGCCUCAUCCUGCAGGGCCUCGCCCUGGCAUGGCUGGCCAAGGUCUCGGAGGCGCAGCGUCACCACCCCCACAACCAGCAGCAGGCCUCCUCCCUAGACCUGUACUACACCCAUCUGGUCCACCAGAGCUGGGUGCUGGGCCUGCUGUGGCUCCUCCACCCAGAUGGCCCUUGGUGGGCGCUGACAGAGGGCAGCUGGUGCUGCCUGCUCUUCCAUGGGUACCUGCUGGCCCUACUCCUGCUGGGGGCGGGGCUGCAAUGCGCCGUCUACCUAACUGCUCAGCGCUGGUCGCCACUGGCUGCAGCGCUGCUCUCUACGGGGCCCGAGCUGACGGGACCGCUCCUGUCUUUCUAUCUGUACUAAGGGAGCCUGCGUUGUAUCGGCAAGGACUGUAUGCAUGCGGCCUGCGGGGUAUUCAUUUUGUUUGUAAGUUGCAUUACAAGUGAUUUAUAAAUAGGCAUGCAAAAGCCGAGUUAGAGGAUAUUAGCAAAUGAUCGCUCAUAAUGCAAUUUAUAAAAAUAUGCAAAGAAAAUAACUGCAUGUUUCAGCCACGUUUACAAGUACACACUGGUACUAAUCAUAACUAGCUCCACCUAAUUUUGGCAGAGUACACUGUGCAAUUCUGAUUAUGCAACUAGUGUUUUGCUGCCAAACCCAUCAAUCAGGAACACGAUCAAGGGUUCAUGAAAAGGGUGCAAAAAUUAAAAACGAAUGGAUCAAAGAAAAACCUAGGCAAUGUAUAACUUGUAUUGAGUAAAAUAACCCAGCCCAUCUAGUGUUCUUUGGAACCACUGCUCCAUUGAACAAUUAAUGCUUUACCACUUGGAGUGGGGGAGCGGAGAAUCGGUAAUACUAAUGUUCAACUAGUUGAGGACUUGGAAUGUGAAGUUAUAUGCUUUAAAAGUAUUGUUAGGAGUCUGUCUAGAAAAUGACUGAAAGCUAGUUAGUUAACUAUACAAAAAAAGGCUGUAAAGUAUUUAUAAAAGUCAUUUUAUUUGGCCUACGAGAGUGGCAUUUAAGUGCUCUGUAAAAAAAACUAACAUUAAAUGCCAAACAGUUUUA